AUGGACUUCUCACAUCCUCUGCAUGCGCGGCUUCGGCCCCGCGCGAGCCCAGGGGGCGCUAGCUCGACUGGGGGUGUCCAGGAAAUCUACACGAGUCGGUAUCGAAUGAGCUACGGAUGCCAUUUUGCGGCCGCGACCGCGCACGACUCUUCAGUCUACGUGAUUGAGCACGACUUGAAGAUAUACCGGUUGCUGAACCCGCUGUCAGAGUCUGCGGAGCCAGACGUUGCAUGUGCCUCCGCGCUCGCGUCGCGAGAUGGACCUGCCUGUUGCGCUUACGGAGGGCGCUGCCCUUUCUGCAGCCCGGGGAGAGACGCCUCGCUGGCGGAAGCGAGACGCGAAGAGAACGAGAGGCGAAGGCUGAGAGGGGCGGGAGGCGAGCGACCGCGCGACGUUGAAGAACGAGGUCCGGUCGUGAUGGGCAGCGAAUGGAGGAAACAGCUGCUUGUGGAUGUCAUUCCCUAUCUGUUUUGCCACCACAGAAAGGAAUACUCCAAGAUCUUCACAGGAAAUAAACAGUUUGACCUUACGCGAAUGAAGGAGUUGCGUCGUUCGUGCUGCUUGAUGGCGAAUUCGUGCGACGGAAUGCUCUACUUGCUGCUGCACCACACGCUGUUUCGGAUCUCGCUCUCGGGGGUCAUGGCGCCGGUCGCGGACCUGGUGCAGGCUGCGACGAGUUUGCUGAGAGAGAAUCGCGCGGGACCGAUUCUCCUGGGGCCGCCCACGGCGUCGGAGGCUGAGGCCUCGCGGAGAGGAGGCCACGCGCGGCGGACGAGAGAGCAAUCGAGGGCGCGAUGCAGACGGGCGCACGCCUCAUGCCCGCACGGACACAGAGACUGCGCGGGAAGAGGCGAGAGGGACAGACGUGCCCUCAACGGGCGCGACCCGGGCGCGGCGAGACCCGAACGCGCGCUUCGGCCACGAGAGGGAACCUUCGAUGCGGCAGCCGGUCAAGCACCAGAGGCCUGGCGGUGCCCCCUGAGUUCAGAAGUCCAUGCGCCGCUAGCUGAGGCGACCAAAGAACGAGGGAGUGGCGCCCACCUCGCGACCCAGGCAGAGCCGAACGCAGUGUCUGGGGAGGGUCCGGACUCGUGUGCGUUUUCCUCUCUCUCCUCGCUCUCACAGUGGUCGUCUGCGUCCUCGAGCGCGGCUGAAGAUAGGGUCCCAAGGCCGCGCAAGAAGAAACAGUCCGACGCGGAGAGCGAGGAAGACUUCUUGUCAUCCAUGAUGUUCCACACGCGACUGGAUGGCGCGAGCCCCGACGCCCCGCUGGAGGUGGCUUCGUGUUGCAUCGAUGGACGCGGCUGGUGUUUUUUCACGAUUCAGGCAGGCGGCGACUCCCGCGCGUCCCCUCCGGCGACCGGGAGCUCCAGCCCCUCGCCAGACGGUCGCAGAGGCGAGCUAGGAAGACACGCCGAGAAACGGGAAAGCCUGCGAAAGCCAGACGGCGUCUUGCUCUGUCUCGACGCGGGCGCGGCGACACCGGUCAUUCGCCCCGUGUUUUUCCCGACGACCGUCGACCCGGGCCGCGUGCUGCUGCCCUCCGUCGCAGCUCAUCCGGUCGGCGGCAUCACCUGUGCGGUGGACCAAGCCGCGCGCACUGUCAAGACGCCGCAGGGUCGGCGGGCGGGCGCCACGUGGAGGUGGCGCUCGCGCAGAGGCCGCAGGCGAGCGGCGCCCGCGGGCGCGGUGCUGCACUCUCCGGACGAACGCCACACGCGGGGUGACGAGAGCCAACGAGACGGGGAGGGGUCACAAGAACCGCAGACGCGGGUGGAGAGACCGGGCGACGACCGCGGACAAGCGGGCGACCGCGACGACGGAGACACGGGAGACUGCGGGCAGCAGCUUGAGUCUGGCGGAGACGGUCGAGGCGAGAGGGCGGCUGGGGGAGCCGACGAGAGCGAAGCGGGCGACCCCAGAGACGGUGAUUCCGCCAGCGAAGGAAGAGACGAAGGUGUCGGUCAGGCUGGCGUCCCCCAGGGCGUCUUUGGGUGGGCCUUGGGAGGGGCGGGCGGCCCUUCUCUUCCACAGGGAAGCGACGAAGGCGCAGAGGUUGGACCUGAGUGCCGCCCGCCGCCGGAGCCGCGCCAGGGUUCUGCACCCGAGGGAAACGAAACCUGUGGAGAAGCGGAACGCGGCGAGGCUGAGGGUUGCCGCGGGGCGGAGGAGGGCUGCGCCUCCGAGGUUCGCGCGGAUUCGAGUGGGCCUUCGAUCGAUAGCGAGCUGGCCACGAGUGCCCUGUACGGAGUUGCCUCCUACUUCUUUUCCUCUGUCGCGUCUUCCUCCUACUCAUCUACCCCUCUGCUGGGGGAGUCUGUGCCAGCUUCGGCCGGUUCGCCUCCGUUUCAGCCUUCGCCAGUAGAGGCUUCCUCAGCACCAGAGGCCUCCCGAGAUAACAGGGAACUCAUUGGACGGGGUCGCAGCGAAAGCGAGACGGACGUGCGUGAGACGGCGAGCUCGCGAGAAGGCAACCAGCACGAAGACGCGGCUGGGGACGAAGAACAAGAAGAAGACGAGGGCGAGGCACAGCAGAGCUCAGAAGAUGAAGACGAAGAAAAGGAAGAGGAAGACGACAGAACGCGCAGCGACUGGUGGUUCUACCCCGUCGACGAGGACGAGCCGUGGAAUCUCGUGCCCAUGAUGCAAGUGAUGAACAACCGCGAGCUGCACGAGUUGGCUCAGCAGACGACGCUGAAUUUUGGAGGCAACCUCGAAAACAGCGUCUGCAUCUACGCCUUUGAUCGCUACAGCGCGUGCUGCUGGCUCCUUUGGCAGCCGGGCCGGUCGGUGCGGGACCACCGGAAAGGCGAUGCCGCCGUCAGCCUCGAGUGCGCCUACUUGAUUCAACUUCCUGCGGACCUUUACUGGCGCGAGGCGCAGCGGUGCCUGAUCGCACUGCGGGAGAAGCAGAGGGAAGCGCGGCGACGAGCGCGGCGCCGCGCGAAGGCGCAGAGACGCGCGCGGAGGACGGCUCGCGGGAGAGAAAGGCGCGAAGCGGCAGGACGAGCGCGCGGCGAGUCCGGCAGACGACAUGGUGGUAACGAGGGGGGGAGGCGUCUGACUCCUCGUGGGGCCUCGGCAAACGAGGAAAGCUCAAACGCCACCAGCAGCACUGCGAGUAGCACUUCGUCGGACGAGGAAGAUGAAGACGAGCCCUUCUUCUCGUCGGCUACUGCGGCGCUCUUUGGGCCACGUCUGUGCGACACUGCAUUCGUGUCCGGGGCAUGCACGCCGCCGCUGGAGCCGCGCUACGGCGGUGACAACCGGCGCCCCCCAGCCCCGGCACUCUUGCACAUUAUUGCGCAGGACGCGCGCCACCUGGAAGUCCGCGAGAUGUUUCCGACGUCCACCGGGCAUCUGCUGAUCAUGGCGGAGGCAGGAAACAAGCUCAAGCGGAGCAACCGGCCCCCCGUCCAGGUCGUCGGCCCCUUGCACCCUGCGCCGCCCGUGUCGAGGUCCGCUGGCGCACAGCUGGCGCCGGGCCUGGCCUCCGUCUCUUCGCUUUCCCAGAGCCUCGUCGCGGCUCGAUCCUCCACGACAAGCGUGUUGGGGUGGCGCGGCAGCAGUCCGCAGAGCGAACUCCUCGCCGCUGCCGGAGCCGGUCUCGGUCACCUGCCUCGCCGCUCAGAGACCUUCGGCUCCGCGUCCGGAUCCACGCUUCUUCCCGGGUCGACGUCGCUCUUCGCGUCCCUCUCGUCCACCCUGGCGUGGGCCGCUGCGCCAGCAGGGAUUUCGCCGGGAAGCGGCGAGGAGCCGGAAGGAGGCGCGGCUUCCGAAGUCAUGCGCGUAGCUUCCCUAUCUUCGAUUCCUUCGAGUCGCGUCCGCCGACUCGGCGGAGCGGGCAGCUCCACAGGCUCGGGGUCGCCUCCGGAGUCUGCGCUUCCCGUGGGUCGGGGGCGGUCGGCCCCGGGGGGCACGGGCGGCCCUGCAGCUGCUCGGAGUUCGGCGCUUGCUGCCACGUCCGCGGGGCUUCCACCCAUGAGGGCCGCAGGUGUUGCGACAGCUGGCAGCGCGCUUCUGCUGCCCCGAGCGUCCGACGCAUCACGCCUCCUCGUUCCGGGGACGUCUCCUGGCGUCGCGUAUCACCUCCAGCAGAACCACGUCAUCGCGGCCACGGCGGAGACGGGCGGGGACGACGGCGAGGAAGACUGCGACGCUGUGGUCCUGUUUCUGCUCGACGGCCUGCUCCGCUGCGAGGCCGAAUCUUCGGUGUAUUUCUCGGGCGUCCCGAGUCACGCAGCGGCAGCUGGCGAGUCGGCGGCGGGACCUGCAGGCGUAUGGCAUUCAAGCGACGCUGGGCGAGGGGAGAGUGGACGCGCGACGGGGUUUGGCAAGAAGUACGGAAAUCGACCGAGCAGGAGGGGGAUCGCAGCGAGCGCGAUUUCGUCAUUCUUGGACCCAUACGAAACGAGCAAAAGGGGCUACCAUGAGGCCACGGUGCGCCCCGCCUCAACAGCGGAGGGGCAUGGCCGCGCCGCCUUCUCUGUCAGCGUGUCGUCGUUAACUCGAGAUGUUGCCGGCAGCAGCGCUUGCAUGAGCUACCCACCACAAGACUCAUGCUGCUCUGCCGUCUCCUCAACUGCGUGGGCGGCGCCUUCCUUCACGCAACUAAAGAGUUCACUGUGCUGCUUCUGUUUUCUUCGCUGCCGGUAUCUCGGCGCCGGCACGCCAAAGGCGACCGCGUGGCGCGCCUCUGAAGACGCAUGCAGCCUGUGGGCCGAUGCCAUCUUCGCGUCCGCUUCCCACGCAGGCUCUGGGCCGCUGGUGCUCCACAAAAACUUUCUGGAUGUCGAAAUUUGCUGCUCCGACGGCGUGCGGCUUCCGUCGCACCGCGCGUUGCUGGCGGCGAAGAGUUCGUUUUUCGAGGCGAUGCUCACGGGGGUGUGCGCGUGGCGGGAGCAGGAGCCGCACGCGGACGCCGCCAGAGGAAGGAAAGACGGAAUCUGGUCUUUGAACCUCCCGAGCCACAGCAGCCGCGUCGUGGCGCCGAUCCUGCAGUACCUCGCCUCUGACAAACUGGUCAUUCCAUCACGCUGCUGUUGUUCACACUGCUGUCCGUUCGCCGAGGCUGAAGCAUCCGAAGGAGACGGGGCCGCCCGCCAGGGCAAGCCGCGUGGGAGCUGCUCAAGGUGCACGUACACGUGGCUCCUCGAGCUCUUCGCCUGCGCGCAGUUUUGUCUGCUUCAGUCUCUCCAGUUGGAAAUCGCUCAUCUUGCCUGCCGAUUCAUCAACAAGCACAGCGCCCUCUUUGCUCUCUGCAGCCCGUGGACAGCUGGUCAUCCCCGUCUGCUUCGCUUCGCAGCGCAGACACUCUUCCUCCAUUUUCCCUGCCCGUCUGCAUUCCUUCACUGGCCUUUUCGGGCGAGUGCGUGUGCGCUGGGCCUCGAAGAAGAUCUGGGUUUCGCGUGCGGCCGAACGAGACAGGAGGCGCAGGCUCUUGGCGACGGCCGCCGCAAGAGGGACUCAGGCAAACGCGAGCGCAGGAGAAGGAUGAAAGAAACACCUCUUGCGAUUCUGGCAAGCGCGCCGGUUUUCCCGCAUCUUUUCGGAGCUAGUAAUGCCUGGCUCAUGACAAGCCCAGCAUGCUCUCCCGUCGUCGCCCAGAUGGUGCAGCAGCUAAUCGCUGCGGGAAAGCCCCUGUGUCGACGUCGUUGCAGCGGGGGCUCGAAGCUGCCCUCGGUGGAAGAAGGACGCGAGGCCGCUGACGUGUCCCUCGCCAAGGCGACCGUGCUAUUUCUUUUUGGCUAUCGGCUCUGCCUUCCUGGCUACUCAUGUAUCUCUCCUCAGAUUCUUCUGUGUAUGCCUCAGCUCCACGAGUCCGCUGCAGAACAAUGCCACGGCCUGUGCCCGCUGCCCCCGUGGGCUGAUGAAGAUACGGUCGGAACACCCGAUCCUCUACACUGGCCGGGCAGACCGUCGGCACUGCACCAGCGUGAAGGCGACCGCGUGAAGCGUGGAGAGAGAGUUUGCCCCAGGAGUUUUGGCAUUGUGGAUAGGUGGGGAAAGGCGCUGGGGCUCACUAGGGAGGUGAGGAGACGAGUCGAGCGCGAACUCCAGGGGAUUAUUGCGGCUAUGGGCUAA